AUGGUUACGUUUAAUUGCGAGGUGUGCAACGACACUGUUCCAAAGAAGAAUACGGAAAAGCACUAUUACAGGUGCCCACAGGCGUAUUACACGUGCAUAGAUUGCUCCAAGACAUUCGAUGACGGCGUAAGCUACAAGAACCAUACGUCUUGCAUCAGCGAGGACGAGAAGUACCAGAAGGCGCUGUACAAGGGCAAGAAGAAGCCGAAGCAGCCGGCGGCUGCUUCGGCGGCUCCUGCCAAGAAGGUCGAGACCCCUGUUGCCAAGAAGGCCGAGAAGCCUGCCGCCAAUAAGGUCGAGAAGCCCAAGAAGGCCUCAAACGGCAUCGAGCUCAACAAGGGUGAGUCGUUGUACAAGAUUCUGAAGACCGUCAAGGACAAGGAUGCAAAGAAGGCGUUUUUGAAAAGCCUGGUUGUGGGCUCGAACGGCGAGAUCAAAUAUGCAAAGGAAUAG